CAGAAAGACGGCUGCAAAUUUAUGUGCAGGCGCUGCCGGACGAUUAAACCAACCAUCUGAAAUGUAAAGCCGGUUCGAAUGCCUAGAAACCAUCAACAUUCGAUGAUAAUGAUGUCUCCACUCCUAAGUCCAACUUAUUUCAACUGCACGAUCACCAGCAAGUAGCACAUACCCCACACUAUGGCUGUCACCCAAGAGGAUCAGUUGUUAGGUGUCGUUGAGUCUGCGCCACUCCCAAGGUCCGUCUCCCUAGAUCUUCCCCAAACAACCCAUGGUGACUCCAAGCAGCCACAGGAUGAUCUGUCCCUGGCAUAUAUCUCGCGCAUGCUCAUGGAGGAUGACAUUGUCGACAAGUUUGUCUGCCAGUACCCUGAUCAGCCGAAGCUCCUGCAGGCCGAGCAACACUUCGCCCGGAUCCUCUCCACUGCAGCCACCACCUCAUACGAGGCCCAAGAGUCCUCGGCACCAGAUGCGCUUGCCUCUGCCUUGCUGCCCAGCGAGGUACAUGAUCCAGCCUUCUUCUCGAGUGGCACGGUGGAGCUCAGCAGUACCUUGUUUCCCGUCGAGUGCAGCACCAGCAUGAACAAGAUGUCGCACAUGGCAUUCUUCAAAGGCAUAGAGGAGGGCAAAAUGUUCUUGCCUAGAGACAAUUUGAUGGUGGAUAGUAGGGGGUGUAUGAACAAGUUUGACAUGGGUGGUGUGACGGAGCCAGCCAUGGGCAGGAGUAGCAAGCGAAUAGCGGUGUUGGUGCAAACUGACCCGGAGGAGGACGACAUGCUCAAGAAGAUGUUGGACCGGCUCAUCCUCAAUGGCUACGACAGGUACCCCAGUGAGAUGCAGGACUUAAUAAUCACUCUGGACAAGGAGAACAUCCGCAGACAUAGAAGGCGCGGGGCCAGACAGAUGGUGGUGACUGACCUAGAAAUGCUACUGAUCCGCUGUGCGGAAGCAGUGGCCAGCAACGACCGGUCCAGCGCAAGCGAGCUUUUGGAGCGGAUCAAGUGGCACUCCUCGCCAAGAGGGAACGCUAGGCAGCGGCUGGCGCAUUACUUCGCCCAGGCGCUGGAGGCCCGGGUGGCUGGCACUGGGAGGCAGUUCUACCAGCCGCUCAUUGGGAUGCGUACCUCCACCGUGGAGUAUAUUAAGGCGUACCAUCUAUACAGUGCCACCUUCUGCUUCGGCAAGGUGGCAUUUCUCUUUUCCAACAAGACCAUCUACAACGCCAUUGCAGGGAGGAGGAAGCUGCACAUUGUACACUAUGGCAUCAACACCGGAUUGCAGUGGCCUGACUUGAUCCAGUGGCUGGCGGACAGGGAGGGUGGGCCACCAGAGGUGAGGAUGACCAGCAUCGACAGGCCCCAGCCUGGAUUCCGGCCGUCGGAGCAAAUCGAGGAGGCAGGGCACCGGCUCACCAAUUAUGCAAUCAAGUUCGGCGUGUCAAUCAAGUUCCACGCCAUCACAGCUGAGCCGGAAGCUGUUCGGGCUGAGGACCUCCACAUCGAUCCUGAUGAGGUGCUUGUCGUAAACAGCCUAUUCCAGUUCAGGAACUUGAUGGAUGAGAGCCUUGCCUUCGACAGGGUAAGCCCAAGGGACAAGGUGCUUAACACUAUCAGGAAGAUGAAGCCAUCUGUUUUCAUCCAUGGCAUCAGCAAUGGGUCAUACGGCUCGGCAGUCUUCAGGACGCGGUUCCGCCAUGCGUUGCACAACUUCACAGCAUUGUUCGAUGUGAUGGAGACCACCAUUCCACGGAACAACGACAAGAGACUGCAGCUGGAGCGAGACUUCUUUGCACGGUCUGCCAUGAACAUGAUUGCUUGCGAAGGUGCAGACAGGGUGGAGCGCCCUCAAAACUACAGGGAGUGGCAGAUGCGGAAUCACCGGGCAGGGCUGAGGCAGUUGCCAUUGGACCCUGAUGUAGUUCUGAUGCUCAAGGAAGAAGUGAGGAAUAAGUACCACAAGCAUUUCAUGAUCAACGAGCAUCACCAGUUGCUUCUGCAGGGAUGGAAAGGUCGGGCGCUCUAUGCCCACUCAACAUGGGCAGCUGAUGAUGCUGGUGGUUCUGACUUGACAUAGAUAUAGAUAGGUUGAGUACCGAUGGAUAUACAUUAUUCUGGUGUUUCUAUGUCACGUAUGCAUAGUAUAUAGCUUUUCAUAACUUUUGGUAUGUGUUUGUCUGCUGCAGCUUCAGAUGUGUUUGUUCUCAUUGUUUUUU